AUGAUUGAUACAUAAAGUACUUUCAUCCAAGAAAAUUCACUACUUGAAUCUUCAUUUUAAGCUACUUAGUUGAAUACACAAGCUACUCCCUUCUAGAAGAAGGUAAUUUACGAAGUGAAGAAUGCUUAGGAUGAUAGAAUUCGUAGCUUUAAGGGUGAUGUCACUAAAUUCCUAAAAAAUGCCAGAGGCUGGUUUCCCUCUUAGAUACCUAAGACUAUAUAGAAUAUUAUACAAAGAUAAUGUCCUGAUACUGGUGCUCUCAAAAUGGCUAAGAACGGCCUAAGACUGAUGUGUUACAAUGUUCUAGCUACUUCAUUGACAGGCAACUUUGAAUAUGCUACUGAUCCAGAAAAUUUAAAAUGGGCUAAUAGAUUACCCUAAAUUAUGAAGGAAAUCUCCUAUAUUAAUCCAGAUGUUUUAUGUCUCUAAGAGACUGAGGAAAACAGUGGGUUACACGAAUUUAUAUAUAAGUAAAUGAAGAUGGAAGGAGAGUAUUUUAAGAAGACUGCCCUUGAUCGAGAUGACGGAGUAGCUGUAUUUUACAAUCCCGACAAAUAUAUAAUGCUCAAGAAAUUUCCAAUAGGCUUUAAUUUCAAUCCUGAAUCUGACAUUUACGCUAAGCCUUAUGUAGCGUUAAUUCUUGUUCUCUAGCCUAUAGAUCAUCCAGAUAAGAUUCUUCUAGUUGCUACAUCUCAUUUAUACUUUAACAUCAACAGAGGUGAUACUAAGCUAUCUCAGAUAAAAAUUAUUACAGACGCGACAUCUUAGCUUAAAGAGUAUUAUACAAACAUUUUAAAUAAGAAAGUUAUCUCUAUAGUCUGUGGUGAUUUCAAUGCUGGUUCUAGAUCUGGUAUAUAUGACUUUAUGAGAGCAGGAAAGUAUGACUGCUUAAAAUUAAAUAGAAAUUGCAUAAGUGGUUAGUAUCAUGGCACGUACUCUUAUAGAGACAGAAUAUCCUCAUUUGCACUUUAGAAGUCUUGCUAUAAUUUAGAUGAAUUGCCAAAACUAGGAGAAGAGAGUAGGAUUUGUGAAUGGUACACUGAGCUUGUCAAUACUUAUCCUUUCCUUUUGUUUGAUGACAAUAAUCAACCAACAAAAUUCAAUUUAGAACAUACCUUACCUUUUCGAUAGAUUAAUAUGAAAUUCAAGAGACCUUAGGCUGAGGCAUGCCGAUAGUACUUAGCCACUGUAAAAGGCUAAAUUGAUAGCUUUUAAGAAACAGGAAUGAGGAUUCAUUAAAUUCUUGACAGUAAGGAUAGAGAUUUCUUCUAUUUAGUCAAUCAGUGUGGACCUUUUAAGUCUGCCUAUGCCUAGAACUUGUUGAAUCAUGUGCAUUACAUCAAUGAAGUAAAGUAGGAAAAUAUGAAUUUCGAUUACUUAGAUAUGUACCAGAAGGACCCAGAGCAUACAAUACUAACAGAGCUACUAUCUUAUUCCUCGAAUAGUCCGAACCACAAUUUGAAUUACUAUGAUAAAGCAGUUGAAGAUGUUUAUGGAGCCUAUAAGUGGUAUAAACCAAAUACGAAUACCAGAGAAUUCCUGAAAAGAAUGUCAAUAGUGACAAAAGAGCCAUGCUAUACCAGCUAUACCAACAUUAAACUCUGCGUCGAUUUUAUCUUCUAUCAGGGUGAGAAUAUAAAUGUAGUUAGAGUGCUUGAUCUGCCAGCUUACUCAAAAUAUCUCAAGGACAAUAUUGAUUGUUUACCUCAUCCAUUAAUGCCAAGUGAUCACUUCUCAAUCGUGGCUGACUUCCUAAUUUAAUGA